CCCACCGGGAACCCCCUGAGAACCCCCAGAACCUCCGGGACCCCCCGGGACCCCCGGGCCGGAGCAGCCCCGGGACCCCCGGAGCCCCCCGGGAUCCCCCGGGACCCCCGGGACCCCCGGGCCGAGGGAAUGCGGCACCGCGGGGCCGGCUGAGGCUGCGGGCAUGGCGGGCGCCUCGGUGAAGGUGGCGGUGCGGGUGCGGCCCUUCAGCGCCCGGGAGAGCGGCCGCCAGGCCAAGUGCGUCAUCCAGAUGCGGGGCAACACCACCUGCAUCACCAACCCCAAGCUCCCCAAGGAUGGCACCAAGAGCUUCACCUUCGACCACUCCUACUGGUCCCACACCUCGGAGGAGGACCCCAACUUCGCCUCGCAGCGCCGGGUGUACCAGGACAUCGGGGAGGAGAUGCUGGAGCACGCCUUCCAGGGCUACAACGUCUGCAUCCUGGCCUACGGGCAGACGGGCGCCGGCAAGUCCUACACCAUGAUGGGGCGGCAGGAGCCGGGGCAGCGCGGCAUCAUCCCGCAGCUCUGCGAGGAUCUGUUCGCCCGCGUCGCCCGGGAGGGGUCACCUGAGGUCUCCUUCUCUGUGGAGGUGAGCUACCUGGAGAUCUACUGCGAGCGGGUGCGGGACCUGCUGAACCCCAAGAGCGGCGGGGGGCUGCGGGUGCGGGAGCACCCCCUGCUCGGGCCCUACGUGCAGGACCUGUCCCGCCUGGCCGUCGCCUCCUUCGCCGACAUCGCCGACCUCAUGGACAGCGGCAACAAGGCCAGGACGGUGGCGGCCACCAACAUGAACGAGACCAGCAGCCGCUCGCACGCCGUGUUCACCGUGGUGCUCGGCCAGCGCCGCCAGGACCCGCUCAGCGAGCUCAGCUCCGAGAAGGUCGGGGGAGCGCCCGCCCCGUGCUGGAUUGCCCUGAAAUACCCCCGAAAUCCUCCUGAAAUCAUCGCCCGAGACCCCCUGAAACCUCCUCCUCCCCAGGAAGGCGCCAACAUCAACAAGUCCCUGACCACGCUGGGCAAGGUCAUCUCCGCCCUGGCCGAGGCCGCCAGCAAGAAGAAGAAGCCGGACUUCAUCCCGUACCGCGACUCGGUGCUGACGUGGCUGCUGAAGGAGAACCUGGGAGGGAACUCUCGCACGGCCAUGAUCGCCGCGCUGAGCCCGGCCGACUGCAGCUACGAGGAGACGCUGAGCACGCUGCGCUACGCCGACCGCACGAAGCGGAUCCGGUGCCACGCGGUGAUCAACGAGGACCCGAACGCGCGGCUGAUCCGCGAGCUGCGCCGGGAGGUGGCGAGGCUGCGCCGGCUGCUGGGGGCCCAGGGUGAGACUGGGGGUCUGGGGGGUCCUGGGGGGGAUUUCAGGGUGCUCAGAGGCUGCGCCGGCUGCUGGGGGCCCAGGGUGAGACUGGGGGUCUGGGGGGUCCUUGGGGAGCCCCCCCUGGGCCCCACCGAGGCCAUGGAGCGGCUGCAGGAGACGGAGAAAAUCAUCGCCGAGCUCAACGAGACCUGGGAGGAGAAGCUGAGGCGCACGGAGGCGCUGAGGCUGGAGCGGGAGGCGCAGCUGGCUGAGAUGGGGGUGGCUCUGCGCGAGGACGGCGGCACCGUGGGCGUCUUCUCCCCCAAAAAGACCCCGCACCUGGUGAACCUCAACGAGGACCCGCUGAUGUCCGAGUGCCUCCUGUACCACAUCAAGGACGGCGUCACCAGGGUGGGCCGGGUGGACGUGGACAUCAAGCUGUCGGGGCCGUCCAUCCGCGAGCAGCACUGCCUCUUCCGCAGCCGCCCCGACCCCUCGGGGGAAGCCGUGGUGACGCUGGAGCCGUGCCAGGGCGCCGAGACCUACGUCAACGGCAAGCAGGUGACGGAGCCGGUGGUGCUCAAGUCGGGCCACCGGCUGAUCCUGGGCAAGAACCACGUGUUCCGCUUCACGCACCCGGAGCAGGCGCGGCGCGAGCGCGAGCGGGGGGCGUCCCCCGGGCCCCCCCCGGACUGGAACCUGGCGCAGAGGGAGCUGCUGGAGCAGCAGGGCAUCGACAUGCGCCUGCAGAGGCUGCAGGAGCUGGAGAACCAGCCCCAGGGGGAGAAGGAGGAGUCGGAGCAGGCGCAGGUGAGGGGGGCACGGGGGUCCUUUGGGAAUGCUGCAGGUCCCCUGGGUGUCACAGGUGUCCCCUCAGUGUCCCAUGACCAUCCUGGGUGCAUCCUGGGGGUCGCCCAGGGAUGUUUUGGGUGUUUUGUUUGUCCCAUGGGUGUUUUGGUUGUCCCACGACCAUCCUGGGGGGUCUCCCGGGGGUGUUUUGGGUGUCCCACGACCAUCCUGGAUGUGUCCUGGGGGUAUUUUAGAGGUGUUUUGGGUGCCCCACCCGGCCGCCGCGACGGCUGGCACACCGUGGCCCGCGACGUGUGGGACGCCGUGGGCGGCGGCGAGGACGAGGAGGAGGAGGAGCAGGAGGAGGAAGGAGGGGGUGAGCGCGGCAGUGAGGUGGAGGGGCUGCGGCUGCACCUGGAGCGGCUGGCGGGGGUCCUGCGCGAGGUGCGGCGGCAGAGCAGCGCCAAGGAGGAGCAGCUGCGCGCCCUGCGGCGCCGCCUGGGCCGGAUGGAGCGCGCCGUGCCGCUGCCGCCGGUGAGAGAGCCCCAGGGAGACACGGAGAACCCCAAAGAACCCAAAAGAACGGGAGCCCCAAGAAACAGGGUCUGCCCAGCCCCAGAGAGAGUCAGAGCCCAGCCCCCCCGCGACGGCGGCCUGCGCUUCCCCUUCAAGAGCAACCCCCAGCACCGCCUGGCUUGGGGAGGGGGCGACGCCCCCCGGAACGAGUGCAGCCCCCCCCCAGCGCCCCCCAACAGGAGGGGGUCUCUGGACGGGGGGUCGCCGCCGCCCCCUCCCCGUGUGCGCCGCCAGCGCUCGGCCCCCGAUUUGAAGGCGCGGGGUCCUGCCCCGUAA